AUGCACAAGUGUGCAGAGGAGAGGAAAAACUCCCGCCAAUGCUACUGCCCCAAUAAGGAUCUGGCAGCUACACUGCAGCGCAGCUGUCAUGACGAUGGGCUGCCUGCCCGACUACACCAGCUGUGUCAGACCAACCAUCACUUAAUCACCCCGGGAGGGAAAGAGGGAAGGAGGGAGGAUAAGAAGCAAGGUUACGGUGGGGUGGAGUUACUGUUGGUGCUGUGUGGCCUAGAUCUCUCUCUCCCCUGCCCUCGCCACUGCAUCUGCUACACUUCACCAAGCACCGUCUCAUGCCAGGCCCACAACUUCCAUGCCGUGCCCGAGGGAAUCCCUGCCCAAAGCGAGCGCGUCUUCCUGCAGAACAACAAGAUACAGCGCCUGCUUCGUGGACACUUCUCACCUACAACCACCAUGUUGUGGCUUUACUCCAACAACAUCUCUUACAUACAGCCAUCCACCUUCCACGGCUUUGACCGCCUAGAGGAGCUCGACCUUGGGGACAAUCGGCACUUGAAGGCCAUUGCUUCAGACACCUUCCUGGGCCUGGGUCGGCUACAUGCCCUGCACUUGUACCACUGUGGCCUGAUCAGCCUGCCUCCCGGGAUCUUUGCGGGCCUCCAUAAUCUCCAGUAUCUCUACCUACAGGACAACCAGUUAGAGUUCCUGGAGGACGACCUGUUCAUUGACCUACUGAACCUAAGUCAUCUCUUCCUACAUGGUAAUCGACUAUGGAACCUUCGGCAGAACACUUUCCGUGGUCUGGGGGUCUUAGACCGCCUGCUUCUCCACCAGAACCGAAUCCAGUGGGUGGACCGCCAGGCUUUCCAUGACCUGCGACGCCUCACCACCCUGUACCUGUUUAAUAACUCCCUGACUGAGCUAUCUGGUGCCAGCCUAACUCUACUGCCAGCGCUGGAGUACCUACGACUUAAUGACAACCCCUGGGAGUGUGACUGCAAGGCCCUGUCACUUUGGGAUUGGCUGCGGAGGUUCAGAGGCUCCACCUCCUCUCUAAUGUGUGUUUCACCACCAGAGCUGACAGGGAAAGACCUGAAAACAUUGAAGAAGGAGGAACUGCCCAGUUGCUUGUCAGGCGAGGGUCAUGCACAUGGUGCCCCAGGUGGGGAGAUGGAGCAUGGAGAGUCACUGAACCACCUAAAUCGUCACAGAAUCCAUCACAACCACCAUCAGCGGCCGUACUUGCCCCACGGGGACCAAUACAGCUUGCCUUCACCCUCACCCCUGCCGCGGCCACCUAAGGGAAGCCGCAGAAACUGUACCCGCCGGGGCCGCAAGGCAAAGGGGGGGCUCAAUGAGGUGCAGGUACUACGGGAGGGGGGUGAGAAAGACUAUACUCCAGAUGGAGGUAAAUAUGACCUGUCUGCAACUGCAAGGAGGAAGAACAAGUGCACCCCCAGAACUUCUGUCGGCCCACCAAGUGGGGUCCAGAGAGCUAACAAUAAAGCAGGGUCACACCUUGCUGAUUAUAUUUUCUGUUUCACAUCAGCUCUGCUGCUGUCACUCAUCUCUGUAAUCCUACGCUGA